AUGUCUCUGGUCCGCACCAACGAUUUCGGUAUUGCAGUAACCGGGAAACAUUCCCUCACUGUGGACAUCAUGGGCUGCAGGAACGCUUACCUCUUUCUGUCCAACAUCUCGGCUAUUGACGUGCAUAGUGGUAACUACUACGAGAUACUUCUUGGCGGUAGCGGCAACGGCACAACAUCCAUCAUCAACGAUGGUUGUUUUUCCUGCAAGUCGAAGGCAAAAACAGAAAGGCGAGUCUUGGACUGCGCCUCUUUCAAGACGUUUACAGUGACGUGGAACGAGAUAGGUUCGUUGCAGGUGAGAGAAGGAACCAACAUGUCGACCAAACCACUGAUGUCCUCCAGUCACAUGACAAAGUUGAAAAUGAAUUAUUUACACCUCAUAUCACCCGGACAGAAGGUUGUGUGGAGAAUAUAUGUUGAAUGCUCAGUUUUGGGCCUCUGUCCAUCUGGAAGUUUUGGACCCGACUGUACCUCGGACUGUGGACACUGUAAAUAUGGAACUCUUUGUCACGAGCAUAAUGGACGGUGUGCAGGGUGUGAACCAGGGUGGACAGGGGAGCGCUGUGACCUACUUUGUUCAAACGGAACCUAUGGAGAUGACUGUAAGGAGUGCGGGAAGUGCCUGGGUGGGGUGUGCGAUACAGUGACGGGUGUGUGUACCGGAGGCUGUGUAUCGGGAUGGUCUGGUGAUCUGUGUCAGGAAGUUUGCCCUCCUAAUUUGUUCGGUGAGAACUGUACGUCAGCUUGCGGUCACUGUGCCUGUGGAACAUCCUGUAAUUUUACCAGUGGGGUUUGCCCACAAGGCUGUCUGCCAGGAUGGAAGGGCGACAGGUGUGACAAGGAAUGUUCUUCCGGAUUCUAUGGUCAAGGUUGUAAGCAAUGCGGUCACUGCAAACAGGGUUCAGUCUGUGACAAGGCUUGUGGGGCCUGUCCAAGGGGAUGUGCCUCGGGUUGGACGGGUGACAAAUGUAACAAACCGUGUCGUCCAGGGACAUACGGGGUUGGCUGUCAGCCAUGUGGGCACUGCCAGGAUGGCACGAGGUGUGACGCAGUUUCCGGUAACUGCCCUGUCAAGUGUGAGGUCGGUUGGACUGGUGCUAGAUGCGACCAAGCCUGCGCCGCGGGUAAAUACGGCGACCAGUGUAGAAGUAUCUGCGGCCACUGUGUCUCAGGGACAACCUGCGAUCCAAUCACAGGGGGGUGUCCCACGGGAUGCAGCCCCGGGUGGAGGAUGGACAAGUGUGACCAAGGAUGUCCGCAUGCGACUUUUGGCGAGAAGUGCACCCCCUGUGGUCAGUGUAAGGGUGGGAGAGAGUGCGACAAAGUAACAGGCGACUGUAGGGGGCAGUGCAAACCAAGCUGGACUGGCAAUAGAUGUGAUAGACACUGUGAUCCUGGAACCUACGGUGAUGGCUGCAAACUAUGUGGACAGUGUAAAAAUGGCGCCGUGUGCCACAGUCUCACCGGACAGUGUCCAUCUGGGUGCGAGAGGGGAUGGGGCGGUCCCAGGUGUGACCAAGCGACAGCUUGUCCUCGACUGUCUAACACCUCUACAACGACACCGCAGCGUGUGACCGGUGGGAGUACGACCCACGAACCCACGAUUACCUACGAUUAUAUAAACAGCACUAUUAAAAUAACAACUACAAACAAAGGAUGUGUCUGUAUGCCGCCUACCACGAGAUCCACCAACAGUGUUAAUCCUUUCACCUCGUCUUCAAAUAUCACUCGAAAAUCGUCGCAGAUACCCAUCAAGACAAAGGAAUCCAUACAGUCUGGGUACAUAUCUACAAUCGUUGUUUUGACGAUACUUGUCCCUUUCUCCAUCUUCACCACUGUUAUGUGGUGUCGUUCACGCCCACGUGGUAAACCUAUUUAUUACGACACGGCAACAUGCAACCCUUUCGAUACCCGCCCCGACAGUCAUAACAACGAUGUCUCCCAAUUCAGUUCCGAACUGUGAGAAUGUAUAACCUGGCAGACUUGUACACAAGAACAUUCAUGUGCUCCGUCCACUGAACUAACAGAGAAACUGUCACUAAUUAACCACAGCCAUCAGAGAUAGUUUAUAUCAGCCUCACUGUAAUUUGUAUACGUCACAAGGAAUCCACAAAUCAUUCAGUGUUUAUUUUCCUUUAUUUAUCGUACCCAGGAGUACGAGUUCCAGUGAUUCUAAUUGGCAGAGAGAAAACUGUUUUGAGGACAUUAUCAUUAGAAGAAGUUUGCUCACUGAGCGCUGACCUAAUUAAAUUCAAUGGUGUAACCGUUUUAACGCUGGCUUUUUCACUGUCAACACCAUUUUUAUUUUAAUAAAACGGCGAUCGUGAGCCAGUUCGCUCAGAAUAUGGAACUUUAAUAAUUUUUCUACCCGAAAAUAGUUUGUUAUAUUUUUUUGAUUGAUUUUACCACCGUCAUUUUUCAUGUUUUUAAAUCGUUUAAAUUUCAUUCCUAAUGGAAAAGCUUGAGGAUUCCCUGCUAAAUUCGGAGACUCGAAGGGAUUCCCCGUGUCAAACAUUUUGACAGGCGGUUUCAUCCCAGUUCGCUAGCCAAUUAAUGCCUGAGAUACUUGCCGAGCAAUCAGUGUAAAUAUUUUUUUGAUUGGUGCAGAUUAUAAUCCAUCAUUUUUUAAUUGAAAAAAGUGAAAUUUACGAACUUUCUUACUCUCGGCGCAUGCGCACUCCAUAUGUCUGCUGUUGCAAACUUGUGAAAACGUCAAAGUUUGUAAAUAAAUGUAUCAAUUUCUCGAUUUUAUGGGCUCUGACUUUGGGAUUGAUUGUAGAUUAUGCUAAAUGUGUAAUAUUUGUAAUUUUUGUCUUAUAAACGACACGAAGGUGUUUUUUGUGUGUCUUUUGUCCGGUAAACAUCUGACAUGCGUGGGCUAUACCAUUGCUGCUGAUGUAAGGUGUGGACGAGUUGUGUGUUUUGUGCAUUUCGUGGGCCUAUACCACAAACAGCUAGCAGUCUUGAGUAGGUUUUUUUCAUUUAUUAUUUUAGUUUGGAUCGACGUUUUGGAAAUAACAAAAACAAUAUUUUUUUUCUGUGAAUUUAAAUAAAAUUAUUUCUAAAAAUUAAAAAAAUAGCGAAAGAAAAUAUUUUUUUUAGACAAUUUUCGAUUUUUUAGCAAUUUUCCACGGUAAUUUUCAUAACCAUAGCAACCACAAACUUUAAUUAAAUUACUAUGUUGUAGACAUAUCUUACAAUUUAAGGUGGUUGUGUUUUGAAGAUUUUGACGAAAACGCGAUAUCUGAAAUUUUGUGUGAAAUUCAUGAAACUCAACCCUUAGGCUUAGGACAAAUUUUAAUACGUUGUAUGAAUUCUUUAUUUAUUAUAAAUUUCGUUAAAAACAAAUCCGGGUUUUUUUUUCUUGAUUAUUUUAGUUUGGGUCGACAUAUAGUCAAAAAAGGAAAAACGUUUUGGAAAUUUAAAAAAAUAACUAUUGUUUCUUUUAAUUUAAAUUAAAUUAUUUCAAAAAUUUAAAAAUAGGAGCGAAUUUAUUUUUUUAGAAGUAAAGUUAUUGCUGAAAACGUAGGUGCCGAUUGCCGUGACGCGAACGAUAGUGAAGUGUGUGCAAGAGUCAGGUGAACUAUAACUAAUUGUAAACUGAAAUAAACAAAAUAAAACAUGUACAGAUUAAAAUGCCCCCGUUACACAAAAAAUUAACUCCGAGUGUCAAUGUGCAGCAGUAUUGUCCUGUAGUGCACAGGUAAAUUUUGUAUGAUUUACACACCUUCUCUGUAAUGGUCUAGUCCGGCUCGGUCACAGACGGUCAGAUAACUAGUCUAUAUUUAAACGGUUGCACGUCAUAAAUGAUUUUUUAAUUUAAAAAUAGACCGCCACGCCAGCAAACUUCUUCUAAUGUCAUAUUUCUGGAUCAAUAUUUGAAGAAAUAUUUAGAACUAAGAACUAAAAUAAACAUCUUGUCGUGGAAAUGUCUUUGGGUUUGUUUGUUUA